CUGCGAUGUAAAAGCCUGUAAUAAUUUGUUCAUUGAUUGUAGUGAAUAAUGUCCGACUUUGUGACCACCGUCUUGGGAGAAGAAAACUCUCAAAAAGAUAGAGUGGCAGCAACAGAGUUCAAACGACCAAGUUGUCAUAUCUUUUUUGAUAAGUUUAGAAUCUGCCGAUCAUCCUGGAACCAGUUCCACAAAUACUACAUCUAUGGCAGUAUGGAAGACUGUUCAAUAUAUUUUCAGGCCUUCCGUAGCUGUUUAUCAUACACAUUUACAAAAUCCCCAGAAGCAAAGGCAAUAAUGCAGGAAGCUUUGGAAAUGGAUGAAAUAAAAUUUACAUCAUUUUCAGUGUGGGAAAGAAGAGAGAAUCCUAGUGAACAUUGGAAUGACAAAAGUUAAUACUUGUUGGUUUACAUGAUCAUUUAAAAUGAAACUUGUUAGAAAAGAUCAACAAGUUCUAGAUCUACAGUCAAGAAUGAAGAGGGAAAAGUGUUUGCCAAAGAUUUUUUAUUCAAGAAACUCCUGGCAGUGGCAACUUUAUGUGGGUUGAGAAGUCUUAAAUGUUUUUUUGUUUUUUGUGUUUUUCAUUUUUUCCUGCAGCUAAUUGUUUUGUCUUUGGGACUAUUAUGUUUCAAGCAUCCAUCAGUCGUUAAAAGCUCAGGCAUAUAUUCUUAGUUUUCACUCAUUUUAUCCUAUGCUAAGGUUAUAAAUUAACCCUUGAACUCCAAGAUCUGAUUGUUAAUUCUCCCCUCCAGCUGCUACACAUUUCCUUGUAAAUUAGUUAUGAGAACUUGAUGCUAGAGCAAGAUAGCUGCUUCUUCUAACCCUUCUAAUUUCUCCCUGGCAUACAAUGUCAUAAUAAUGUCAAGCAUACAUGUAAUGAGAGGAAAGGAAAACAUCAACUAGGUUAUUAGUUAUUGAUCCAACACCAAUUUCUCACAAUUAAAAUCAGAAUAAAUAUAUAGCAAACAUUAAGGAGAUUCCUUAAUGAUAUCUUAGGAUUGAAAAGGUUAAUUAAACUAACCAUGUUAAUCUUUAGUUUUGAUAACUAAAGCACAUAUCUGUAGGUGUUAUUGGCAAGUUCUCACAGUGUCUAUCUCAAAGGAUUGACCAAAAGCAAGUAAUAAUCUAUUACUUAACAAAUAAAAGCAAAUUUUAUGAUUUGCAGUCGAGUGGAAAUAGUUUCUGUGAGACACAGAAAACCACGAACACUUUGAUUUGAUUCUGACAUGUCAACUGUUUACCAACCAAUCAUGAGGAAAUUAAAGACUUGUGUGCAAACCUCAUAACAACAAACUAUUUACCUUGGCCAUAGAGGUUUACAAGCAGUUACAUAAUGCCUGAUUGGCUCUUUCUUUGCAACAUAAGAACAUCAACAUCCCAUAAACAUUUCUAGUGUUCAUCAUUCUCUGAGUCCCAUUGCAAGAGAUUGUUAAAUUAAGGUCAUAUGAAGAUAGCAGAGGCAGAUAAUGAAACAUAAAUUAUUCAUUGAUUGAUCUGUGAUAAUCGUUAUAUAUUUUUUUUUUUACAUGUUGACCAAGUUCAUAACUUUUUUUUUUAACCUUAGUUACAUUCUGUUGGGAUGUUUUCUUUUCUUUGGACACUCCACUGGAAAAAUUAAACCUAUAGAAAUAGAUAAUGAAAAGGACCUGUCUUCUUGAUUUUCCCAUUCAGUGGCACAGUAAAGACAUUCUUGUAUUUUCUUCAAA